GUCAGCGCGUGACGCACAUUAUAUCGGAGUGUUCGGAGCGCCACCCGCUCGACUCCACCGACCGAGUAUACCGACAGUUGCGAGAUUCGCGCUCGUGGAUAGUGUUGUUUAAUUUAUCGGUUUAUUUGUUUAUUUAAUUGAAGUGAAAGUGAAGACAAUAAUUGAUUAGGAUUGGAUGUUAAUGUGUUUUAAAUUUAUAGUGAAAUAUCUAGGAUUACAAAUGGAUUCUAUAAAAGUGGCGACGAAUGCAGCGUCACCAUUGACAACACAAAUGGUGAGCCAACUGCUAAAGAGAAGAUCGCUCGUGGGGCAGUUGGUGCUGCCUACGCCAGGAUGCGAAUCGAAUCCGAGCUCUCCAUCCACAUCGCCAACUUCUGUAUCCCCUUCCGCUUCCGCCGAUAAAAUUGACAACCGCGAUCCACUAAGCUUCUACCCAGAUGCACCGGAUAUGCUUCGGGAAGAAGAGCGCCUGAAAACUUUCGAUAAAUGGCCAGUUUCUUUCCUGUCGCCUGAACUCCUCGCAAGAAAUGGAUUCUAUUAUCUCGGUCGUGGGGAUGAAGUGCGUUGCGCUUUUUGUAAGGUGGAGAUAAUGAGAUGGGUCGACGGCGAUGAUCCAGCUAAAGACCAUCAACGGUGGGCGCCGCAAUGUCCUUUCCUGAGACGUCAAGCUGGAGCUGGUAAUGUGCCCCUCGAUACACCGGUGACUGUUGGCCGCGACGAGUGUGGCGUGCGUGCCCCGCCCUCAGCUACUCCGGUUAAAAUGCCCGGGCCUGUGCACUCACGUUAUGUCUCAGAAGCGGCUCGACUACGUACCUUUGCCGAUUGGCCCAGAAGUAUGCGUCAAAAACCUGAAGAACUGGCGGAAGCGGGUUUCUUUUACACGGGACAGGGUGACAAAACAAAAUGUUUCUAUUGCGAUGGCGGUUUAAAAGACUGGGAAAAUGACGAUGUACCUUGGGAACAGCAUGCACGUUGGUUUUCGCGAUGUGCCUAUGUUCAAUUAGUAAAGGGCCGUGAAUACGUUCAGAAGGUAGCUUCUGAAGCGGCAACUAUCACGGCACCCAAAGAAAAAGAUUCGUCAAAUGGCGUCGUAGCUCCUCCUGCAAAUAACACGAAUUCGACCACGGAAAAAGAAGAAACCCCCGUGGAAGAUACGAAAUUGUGUAAGAUUUGUUUCGCCGAAGAGAGGAACGUGUGUUUCGUGCCCUGCGGUCACGUAGUGGCUUGUGCAAAAUGCGCUUUGUCGACUGAUAAAUGCCCUAUGUGCCGAAGGACGUUCACAAAUGCAGUGCGUCUUUAUUUUUCGUGAGGAGAGUUCGACAGUGGACUCGAUGCUAGUCAGUACAUCGCGGGCCCUAAUGCGUGCUGAAACCACGCUCUAAAAGACCGCUUAAAACUGUGAUUUUAACAUUUAAUAAUAUAUUAUUUUAAUACAAAGCGGUGGGGCAACUUUAAAAACCAAGAUGACUUCAAGGAUGACGAUAAGGUGUUAAAUGUAGAUGUUGAAAUGAUUUUAAAUUAUUUAUUGAUUGAAAAUUAUAAUGUCGUAUGUAAAUAAUCUAUUGUAAAUAUUUUAGCUUAUCAUUUUGUCCCACCGAAAAAUGGAAAAGUAUUUUUGGAGAUGAGUCUAAUGCAAUCGCAGAAAUUCAUUAUUUUUUAAACAUUUCGUAAAUUGCAAUCUGGUCAUUUAAAUGUUCACUCUUCGAAAUGUUAUGAUAAUGUGAUUAUCGCAAAUAUUAAAAGUAUAUUUAUGUGAUACAUCAUUAUUAUAUUAAUUUUUCUAUAAUUUUACCACUUAAAUUAAAUACAGCCGCAAACAAUUUUAAAAUUUAUUUUAUUAUGAUAUUCAUCUGUUUAUUGCAUUAGAGCAUAACUAAAAGUUUUAUAAUUUUCAUGUAAUAUAAUUUAUAAUGUGUAAUGAGAAUUCCAGAAUGAUUGAAUAAUUUAAUAAUACAAAAUACAAAUUAAUCUUGUUAAUUUGCAACAAUGAUAACAAGUAUUCGAUGACAUUGGUAUGAUGGUGUUAUUGUAUAUAAUUUUGAUUUGACAAUAACUUGCAAAUUGAGAGUAUUAGGUAGACAUAAAUGAUAAGCAGAAAAAUCCUUAACCAGAUCAAUCUUUCCUAGAAGGACAUUUAAUAAUUUCUACUCUUUUUUUCUUGUAACUGUAUUAGUCUCCAAUACAAAAUGAGGUCUAAAAGUUUCACAUUUAAAUAAACUCAAAUCAACAAAUUCUGAAAUAAUAAUAGCAUCUAAAAUACAAACAAAUAACAGUGUAUAAUGCAACAAUCCAUAUCAUAUAACUUUCACCCAAUUAAUAGGAAUUCCAUACUAAUCUUUAGUUUUAGAUUUGCAAUUUAGAAUAACUAUAUCACUGAGAGUAAUUAUUAAUGAGAGAAUUUAUUAAAGUCAGAUUUCAAUUUGUUUUUUUCAUAGGUAAUAAUUAUUAUUUCACCCUGUUGAUGUUAUUAAUAAACGAAUUGUUAAAUUA